AUGGAGGUAAGAUUUAGCUCAAAGGACCAGAUUAGGGCAUGGCAUUCAGAACUGCGUGGUUCUUUUGAUAGCGGCAUCACUCUGGACGUCAAGUUCCGCAAGCGUGAACUCCAACAACUCACGUAUCUUCUUCAAGACAAUGUGGAGCAGAUUACAGAAGCGAUUCGAAAGGAUUUAGGUCGUUCCCAUUUUGAAAGUGUCUUUGCCGAGAUCAUGGUAACAACGAAUUUGGCGAUUGAAGCCUACACAAAUGUCGACGCCUGGUCGAAGAGUCAAUCUCGCUGGGCAGGCCUGGUGUGGGCUCUACACUCUCCUACUGAGCACAAAGAGCCGAAGGGCACCGUCCUCAUCAUUGGGGCCUGGAACUAUCCUAUCUCGGUGCAGAUUGGGCCAUUGAUCGGUGCCCUUUGCGCAGGCUGUACCGCGAUCCUUAAGCCAUCAGAAAUUGCUUUUCAUUCCGCACAACUACUUGCCAAACUGUGGCCACAGUAUAUGGACUCACGCAUGUCUCGAGUCAUUACUGGCGGUGUCGAGGAGACGACCGAGCUUCUGGAUCUUCGCUGGGAACAUAUAUUUUACACUGGGAACAGCCGUGUUGGAAAAAUCGUUGCUGAGAAGGCCGCUCGCGGACUUUGUCCGACGACCCUAGAGCUUGGUGGUAAAAGCCCGGUCUUCAUUCAUGAAAGUGCAAACCUGAGUAUUGCCGCUCAUCGGCUGAUGUGGGCCAAGUCGAUAAAUUGUGGUCAGACCUGCAUUGCUCCCGACUAUGUGCUUUGCAACAAACAUCUCCAAGAUCAACUCAUCGAGGAACUUCGCAAAGCGUAUAUCAAAUUUUGGCCUAACGGUGCGAGACUAUCAAAAGAUUACGGUCGAAUUAUCAAUGAUCAGCAGUUCAGCCGGUUGGAACACAUCGUGGAAAACACAAAAGGCUCCAUCAUUAUCGGGGGCAAACGAGAUGCAAAGACCCGUUUUCUGGAGCCAACUGUGAUCAAGGACCCUCCUUCGGACGAUAUUUCGAUGUCCGAGGAGAUAUUCGGGCCCAUCCUUCCAAUUAUAACAGUGGAUGGUGUGGAUGAAGGUUGCGCAUUUGUCAACGGUCGUGAUCAGCCAUUGGCGCUUUAUAUCUUUGCGAAAAGAAAGAUCUCAGAUUUCAUUAUCCAUAAAACUAAAUCCGGCGGUGUCGUUCAGGGUGACCUAAUGGUUCACUACGUUGUCUGCCCACUUUCGUUUGGCGGCAUCGGCCUGUCCGGCUAUGGAGCUUAUCACGGCAGGGCGGGCUUUGAGACCUUUUCACAUACCCGUUCUUCUAUCCAUGCGCCAGCCACAGGAAUGCUGGGCCGGGCAGUGGAAUGGCUGAUGGCCUCGCGGUAUCCCCCUUAUUCAGACUUAAAGCUGAAACUGCUUACAAUGCUUCUGGGCAAGAACCGUCCGUUUGGACGGCCCUCUUGA